AUACUUUCUUUAUUCAGUGUUCACAUUUUCAAUCUUGACCUUCAAUCGCCGCCAACGUCUCAAAACGUCUCUCUUUAAAGAAUCAGCCGUCCAUAGAAAGCGUCCAUUUUCGCAAGUAAAAUUCCGUCACGAUUCAACUCCGGUCCUCCGCCGCUGGACGGCGAUCAGAACAAAUGUGUUCGUUAAAGAGAAGAGGGAAUAUCUUCAUCCUAACCCUAACCGGUCCCGAUGAGCACAGAUUCAAUCCUCAGCUUCUAGAUGCUAUUCGAUCCUCUCUUCGUCGAGUCCGCUCCGAGGUUGAAUCCGCCGCCGCCGCCGGUAAUUCCUCUAGUUUUGCUCUAAUCACCACCGCAGAAGGUAAAUUCUUCUCCAAUGGCUACGAUAUCGAUUGGGCAAAAACCUCAAUGGAUCAAAUGAUUCUCAUGGACAAUAAGUUGAAAUCCGUCGCAUCCGAACUAAUCACGCUUCCGAUGCCGACGAUUGCCGCCGUUUCCGGGCACGCGUCGGCCGCCGGCUUCAUUUUGGCGAUGAUUCACGACUACAUCCUGAUGAGGAGAGAUCGUGGAUUUCUGUACAUGAGCGAACUGGACAUUCGUCAAGUGAUUCCGCCGUGGUUUGCGGUUUUGAUUAAAAGAAGAAUCGGAUCGGCGGUGGCUCGACGUGAGGUCGUGUUGAAAGCGCCGAAACUGACGGCGGAUAAGGCUCUGGAAAUGGGGAUUAUUGACUCGGCGCACGAUGGCGCGGAGGAGACCCUCGCGGCUGCCGUGCGAUUGGCGGAGGAUUUGGUGGCGAGGAAAUGGGACGGCCAAACUUACGCUGGGAAUCGGAUGGAGCUGCUUUCUGAAGUUCUGAAUGUCAUCGGAGCACGUUGCUCCGUCGCAAAGCUCUGAGCCUGUUUUCGGUAACUGUGACAGUGGCAGGUGAUGGGUGGCUUUUAUCGUCUAUGUCAGUAAAAUUAAAUUGAUAAAUGUUAGAAAAAGAAUUAGGAUAAUAUUGUUGUAAAUAUAAUAAAAAUAUUUUCAAAAAUAAUAAUAAGGUAGUUAAAAGUAA